AUGCUUAGAAGUGCUGCUGGUGCCAUAGGAACUGAUCACCACCUUAUGCGGGUUAAAAUUAAGUUACAUUUAAAAAGUCGAAAGAAAAUAAUGAAACAGAAGAAAAUUAAAUAUGAUAGUGCUAAAUUUAAAGAUGAUAAAAGCUCAGAAUUAUUUCAAGGUGAUCUUAAUGGAACUUUAUCUGAAGCAUCUAAUGAAUCAAUUGGUAUUGACGAAAAAUACUCAUUAUUCGUAGAACAUCUUAAAAUACAUGCAGAAAAAUACUUCAAAUUAGAUAACAAUACGAAUCGAAAGAGAAAAGAAUGGCUUACAGAUGAAAUAUUACAAAUCGUUGAUCAAAAAUCAUUAGCUUUCUUAAAUUGGCAAAACCAUCGUGGAACCAAAUUAGAAGCAAAAACUAGAAGUAAGUACAAACAACUUAGAAAACUAGCUAAGAAGAAAAUUGAUGCACGUCAAAUUGAAUAUUGGGACGAAAUUUGUGAGGAAGUAGAAAACUCUAUUAAGCUAAAUGAUCCAGCAAAUGCUUUUUCUAUCAUAAGACGUUUACGUGGUGGAAGUAAACGAGUAGAAAAUAUGCCAAUUAAAGACAGGAACGGCAAUCUACUUCUAAACUCAUCCGAUCGACUAGAACGAUGGCGUGAAUAUUUUCAUGAAUUAUUUAACGUACCAUCAAUAGUUGAUCAAAAAAUUAUUGAUGAAAUUCAAAUUGGUACAUUAUCUGAAGAAGAAAAGAGACAAAAUGCUGCACCAUCAAUAGAAGAAGUAAGAAAAGCUUUAUUUCAAAUGAAAUCAAGAAAAGCACCAGGUAAUGAUGAAAUAACAGCCGACCUAUUGAAAGCUGGGGGAGAACCAGUUAUUCACUGGCUCUAUGGAAUAUUUGUUGACAUAUGGAAGAAUGAAGUGAUGGUGCAAGAUUGGAAUUUAGCUAUUCUUAUAAGAUUAUACAAGAAAGGAGAAAAGCAAAUAUGUGAUAAUUAUAGAGGAAUUUCAUUAUUAAAUGUGACAAGCAAAAUAUUUUCUCGUAUUAUAUUGAACCGUAUCCAAAAUAUGAUCGAUCAUCAACUCUUAGAAGCACAAUCUGGUUUUCGAGCACAUAGAUCAACUAUGGACCAAAUACAUAUAUUAAACAUUACAAUGGAAAAACGUAGGGAAUUUAACAAAUCAUUAUUUAUGUGUUUCAUUGACAUUACUAAGGCGUACGACUCCGUUAAUCGUGAUCUUUUGUGGAGAGUAUGCCGUAAGUAUGGUAUUUCAGAAAAACUUGUUAAUCUAUUUAAAAUGUUAUAUAAGAACUCAAAGGCAAAGGUAAAAAUUGAAGGUGAAUUAUCAGAUAGUUUCUUGAUUGAAACUGGAGUUCAACAAGGUGGAAUACCAUCACCAAUCCUGUUUAACAUUUUAUUUGAUUUCAUCGUUAGAAAGGUUAUAGAAGAAGCCGGUGUUACUGGUGUCAAAUUCUCAUAUGGUAGCAACGAUUUCUUUCACGCAAAACGAGAAAGCUAUGAAAACUUCAACAUUUUGGCAUUACUUUAUGCUGAUGAUCUUGUAGCUAUGUGUGAAACAGCAUCCGAUUUAACAACAUUUAUUCGAGCAUUUGAAAAUGUAACUCAUGAAUUUGGUUUAACAAUGAGUGUUAAAAAAACAUGCAUUAUGACUUUACAGUAG